AUGAAGUUCACACAACUCACCUCCCUUGCCACCGUCCUCGCUCUGAGUACCGCAACACCAAUCGACUAUACACCAAAGGGCGGUUGGGAGAGCGUCACAUACCCAGCCCCACCAGGAGGAUGGGAAAGCAUCAAAUAUCCACCAGGAACCGGCGAGAACCUCAAGUUUUACCCAGCCCCGCCUGGUGGAUGGGAGUCGGUGAACUACGGUAACAAUUACGGACAAGGAAAAUGGACAUCGACAUAUCACGUCAAGGCCAUCGGGGCCGAAGUGAGGAAUGGUACUACUCCAGCUCCGGGUCCUGCCGAUGCAGUUGGCUACUUUGACUUCCAAAUUAACAGCAAGGAAGAUAAGAUCUGCUAUCAAAUCACUCUCUACAACGUCGCAGGCGUACCUCAAUCCCCUGCAAAGACAGCAACACACAUCCACGAAGCCGUCCGCGGUGCCUCUGGACCACCACGUCUCGCAUUCAAUAACCCAGUUGGAGACGACAAGAUGCGGUAUUCCGAGGGAUGUCUGACUGGUCCAUUCACCACUGGCUUGAACGGCGCGGAUGGAAAGGAUACGGCUACCGGAUUCAAGGUUGCGCAGAUUGAGGCGAAUCCAAAGGGCUUCUUUACCGAUCACCACACCAGUCUGUUUACUUUGGGUGUUGUUAGGGGACAGCUUGCUUAG